CUACGUGUUCAGCGAAGCAAAAGUUGUAUGUGAAUUGGCCAUAAGGAAACAUGCUUUGAAGCUUCUGUUGCUUGCUGUCACCGAGUUUGACAUUUGAGCAGAUAUGUGUAAAGCGUUUAGCAAAAAAUCAGACGGCAACAAAAAUAAGUAUAAACAUACUAUAAUAUAUGCACAUAAAUAAAUAUAUCAAAAUUCGUACUGAGGAACCAAGUACUGGCAGUUGUGAAUAAAAAAUAAAUGUAAACGCAUACACAAUAUAAUUAGUGUAUUCGCGUUGCGUUGAUAGGAUAGUGAAUAGUCCAUGUAACAACUUGGAACACCAGAAAAAUAUUUACAUUCGAGCUUAGAGUCCUAUUAUUAAACUAAUCAUCAUAAUCUAUUAAUAAUUGUCAUUGUAUGCAUAAAUUAUAAAGAUGAGUAAAAAGUCAUCCCAUAUCCGUUUGAAUAAAAAGAAAACGGGAGCAAAACUUCGGAAACACAACGAUUCUUCCGAAGAAUUUGAUUAUCUGUCAGAUAGUACCGAUCACGUAGAUUUCAGUGUUUUGGACGAAAUCCGUGUAAAGUAUGAGGAACUCCAAGAUGACAGUGACUCAGGAGUUCAUUAUCAAAUCGAAUGCACAGACUAUGUAAUGGAAAACAGUGAUUCGGAAAUAUCACAAAAUAAACAAAACAAACCAAAUAAAAACUUAGAGCUUAAGGAGUGGGCAAUUAGAAACAAUGUACCCCUUAAUACUUUGACAGACUUAUUGGAGACUUUACACAAAAUAGGUGUAAAUGAUAUAGCCUCAUCAGCGGGAUUGCUUCUAUGCACAAAAAGAGAUACGGAAGAAAUAAGUGACGCAUCUUGUUCACCGAAAUGUUUAAGCCCUAGUCAAUCUGUAAAAGAGAGAGUUAGUUUAGACAGGAAAGUAGAUAAAACCAAAACCCAGUAUGCUGAAGAUGAAGAGUACUUGGACUUUUCAUCCAUAAUGCCUCUAACAUCGACAGAGCAACUGUUGGCGGUGGAAACGCAGUUACAAGAUAAGGACGGUUUUGAUGCCAUGAGGCGACUACUGUUCAAGACAAAGUCUUUUAAAGGGAGUGUGGACGGUGUUCUUCGUUCGUUGUUUUCAGACCGUUUGAUGGUGCACUACAAUUUAGAGGGACGAAAGGGGAAAUUGGCGCUUUUAAAACUAAAGUGCAUUGAUGUAAUUUUUGAUCUUUUUCCAGAAUACCCAAAGGAACAAUUAUUUUUAGCAAUAAGACAAUCUGUAGCAUCAAGUCACAAUAGAAAUAAGCAACAAAAACAUAAAUUAAAGAAAAAGAUUUCUCUUUCAGUAAAGUAAAUAUGUAUGUAUAUACAGCGGUUGCGUUUAUAUAUAUUAAAGUUUUAAUUAAUAUAAUAUUUUAUAAAAUCAGUUUAAGUUGUUUUGGACUAUGUAUUAUUAAUAGUUAUAAGAUGUACAUGAAUAUUUUAGAUUCUAAUUCAAUUAAUAAUAUAU